ACUAGCUCAUCUUUUUAUUGAAAUGAACAACGUUUGAUGUUUUUACAGGUUGAUAUUUUGAUAUUGCAUAUUUUCGAGCUUAAAUAGCAACUGAUAGCUGUUAUGCACGUAUCGUAAAUCCCGAGACUAUCUACUGCAGAUUUGCUGAUCAUAAUUAAGGUAUAAAGAAAAAAAUCAUGCAUAUACUCGCUUCUGAUUUAUUCGUUGCCAAUUUUUUUUACAGAUGGCUUCUCCAGGUUUAAAAAGACGUAUAUUUAGCUCGGAUACAUUAAAUCCUACAGUUACUGUAAAUCACAACCCUGUUCGGGCAUUUUAUGAAUUACCUAAAGGUAAACCAAUAGCAGCUCAGAUUGUAAAAGAAUCAAGAAAUUGGCUACGUUCAGUUUCAACAUGUAGACCAUUUACACCGAAAGAUAAAACACGGACAUUAUUCAAUACGACAUCACAAACGAGAACUGGAUACAGACCAUCUAGUUCUUUCAAAGUAACUGCAAAAUGUUUCGAUCCUUACGAAACAACAUUUAAACCCGGUGUCCAGUUGGAACCAAUUGAUACUAAGAGCAAAAAUGUCCGGAAACAACUCAAACCUGGUAAACCUGUGGCAAAUACUUCAGUGCAGAGAAGUUCUCAAAAGUCAGACGACCGAAUAAAUGAUUCCUAUGCAGCAUCAUCAUCAUCUCAAUCACUUGGGUCUACGGAGGAAUAUAUUUCAAAUGUUAGUCAUAAGAGUUCACCCCAUCUGGAACUAAUUGGCAGACAAACACGUUUAAUCUCUCCGAUCAAUAUGAAGCGCUCUGCAUACUUAAAUGUCAAAGCAGAAAGAUGCAUCACUCCAAGAAUUUCUAAUACUAGUCUGAUUGAAGCAUUGAGAACAUCAAAUGUUAAAAAACGUUUACUAAACACUCAAGAGGAAACAACAAAGUCUAAUGCUAUCACUUCAAAAGUUACUUCCAUUCUACCAGAUAGAAAUCUAUACAUUGAUAAAAAAGUGAUGGGAACAUCAAAAAAUAUUUAUUAUCGCAGUCCUUCUCAAUUGUCUACAUUAUCUUCACUAGAUGAUAAUCAAUCUCCUCGGCCAAACAGUCCAACUGAUCUAUUUCUAUCCCCAAUCAGAACAACUUUGAUCCUCGAAGAAGAUAAAUAUCACUUGAGACCUAAUGGUGUAAGGUCAGCCGUUACAGGUACAAGUGCAAAUACAGAAUUUGCCAAAACAAUUACCGAUAAAAAUAAACCUAAAUCCAGCGGUCCAUAUGCUAAACACCAACGUUCAGUCGAUUAUGAUAUAAAUAAGAUAAAUUUACGUGAUAACCUGCAAACAUUUGCAUCUGGUGACUCUGGCUUAUCAUCUGCCACAGAAUUAGAUCAUCUAAUUUACCAGCUAAGUGAACUUUCAUUCCUAUCAUCAUCCUCUGUACCAACGGCAUUGUCAUCGUCUUCAAAUAAAUCGAACUCUGGAAACUCUGAAUUGGAGAUAUUUGACAGUCAUAAGGCGAGUCAUUCAAAACAACAAAUAAAAAGUAAGAGCAAUGACGGCAUUUCAACAAUAUGCACACAACACCAAGAAUUUGAAGAUGUAGAAGAGCAUUCAACAUUGUUUGUUAAUAAACUGAAUGAAGAUGAAAUUAUAGAUCUUUUAAAUCGUAUUCACGAUCAAAUCAAUGAGUUUGGCCUAGACGGAAAUCAGAACUGGUCUAA